AUGCCUGUGGCGGGAGACAAAGGAGGUGAUAACAGGAUCGCGGAGGGAAGAAUGUUGAAGGCUUAUCUCGAGAUGAAGGUAACUUUCUUGAAUAAGGCGGGAGGCGAGCCGCCGGUAGCUGAGACUAGUGUGUUACUGGAGCUAAAGGGCUGGAUCGUGGGUAGUGGAUGGUCGUGGUCGUGGUCGACGACAACGACAACGAACGAACGACAGCGACGAAAGGCUAAUCACAACGACUCAGCCUUAGGAUUUACCGCGAACACAACUGCAGGCAGGCGAAUUGAUGCAAUCUGCGAUAAAAAGAUUGGAGGUUUAGUAUUUCUAUGGUUCCUUGAGGAUAAUGAAACUUCAGCCGUCGCAAAGUCUCCCAGGGCUAGUUACCAACGCAGCAAUAAACCAGCAAGAGUUGACGAAGGAAGUAGUAGUAGUAGGUAG